AUGAAGCCCGCCUUUUCCCUCGGCGCCGUUCUGGCAGUUGCAUCUUUGGCCCUUGCCACGGCCAAGGAUCGCGAAAUCGUCGAUUCUGAAACCCUGCGUGACUCGAUCGAGGAAGCGGAGCUUGUCUCCAAGGCCCAGACCAUCGAGGCAUUUGCUUAUGCGUACCCUGAGAAGAACAGGCUCCCCGGCACUCCCGGCUUUGAGGACACCAUGCAAUACAUCUGGGAUAUCUUGGACGACCUUGACUACUAUGACCUCUCUCGCCAACGGUACAACAUCAUCGCUCAAACCAAGGAAGGCGACACAGACAACGUACUUCAUCUCGGCGCCCACAUGGACUCGGUCGCUGCAGGGCCGGGCAUAAACGACAACGCAUCAGGUGGCAUCGGUAUCCUGGAAGUCGCGAUCCAGCUCGCCAACUAUACCGUCAACAAUGCCGUUCGCUUCUCCUGGUGGUCGGCCGAAGAAGAAGGGCUCAUCGGGUCAGAAAUAUACGUCGAUAUGCUAAGCGAGGAGGAACGCCAGAAGACCCGCCUCUACCUCAACUUCGACAUGAUCGCCUCCCCUGCCCACAAGUUUGGCGUCUACACCAGUGACUUCAGCGGACUCGGCGUCACGCCGGCUCCCGGCGUCGAGGAGGUCGAGGAGAUGUUCCAGGACUACUUUGACGACAUAGCCGACCUGGAAUGGGAUACGGUCGCCCUGCGUGGGAACAGUGAUCACUGGCCGUUCGUCUGGGAGGAAAUACCGACGGGUGGCCUGCACGCCGGAACUGACCCCAACUACCACACGGCCAAUGACACAGUCGCGAACAUGGACCCCGGCGUGUUUGUCAAGAUUACCAAGGCCAUCGCUCAUGCUGUGGCCACGUACGCGAGCCCGCCUCUGCUUCCCACCCCGCCGGUCCCGCCCCCAUCGCCGCAGCCUUGCAGCACAAGCCCUGCACGGCCGCACAAAUACCUCGCGCCUGAUGCCGCAGAACGUCGGCGCCGCGAGGAACCACCGCAGGCAGGCGAUAAGGACGAUGCAGAUGACCGCCAGCGGCCAGAGGAGGAUGGGCAGGACGGCUGCGAGGGGGCAGCAGCAGACCAGGAUGCCGUCGGUGAGGAAGAUGGCCGGCAGCCAGGGGAUGGUGCGCACGUCGUGCAGGCUUGCGCAGAGGAGGAGGGAGUAGAUGAGGACGCCUGA